UCAUCACUUGCUGGAUAGUCUCUAUACCCUUCCCUUCCAUCUUAAUUCAUUCCCUUACUUUGGAUUUUUCGAUCGAUCCACAAGAGAAGAAGAAGAAAUGGGAUCUGUUGGAGAAACCUAUGAAGCACAGUGCACUCAGAGUCCGGCUACAAUACUGGCCAUAGGCACAGAAAAUCCAUCCAACUGUGUCUAUCAGCCUGGGUUCCCAGAUUUCUAUUUCAGAUCCACAAAGAGUGAGCAUAUGACUGAAUUGAAGGAGAAGUUUAAGAGAAUCUGUGAAAGAUCAACAAUAAGGAAAAGGCAUCUCUACAUGACAGAUCAAAUUAUGGAGGAGAACCCCAACUUCUACAACUCUAAGGCUGCAACACUUGAUGCACGCCAAGAUAUUAUGGUUGUUGAGGUUCCUAAGUUGGCUAAAGAAGCCGCUUUAAAAGCCAUCAAUGAGUGGGGGCAACCCAAAUCAAAGAUCACCCACAUAGUAUUCACUUCCAUUUCUGGUGUUGAUGCUCCUGGUGCUGAUUUCCAACUUAUCAAGCUUCUUGGCCUUUCACCCACUGUCAAACGUGUGAUGAUGUAUCAUCUAGGCUGCUAUGGUGGUGGCAGUGUCCUCCGUGUUGCCAAGGACCUUGCUGAGAAUAAUAAAGGUGCUCGUGUCCUUGUUGUUUGCUCGGAGUUAAACUCAGUUAGUGGCUUCAAGGGACCUAGUGCAAGUGAUUUCAACACCCUACUUGGACAGGCAAUCUUUGCAGACGGCGCAGCAGCUUUAAUAGUUGGUACAGACCCUGAGACUUCAGUUGAGCGUCCAUUGUUCCAACUCUUCUCAGCAAGUUCUCGAAUUCUCCCGGACUCAGAUGAUAUGGUUGAAGGCCACUUGCGUCAAACAGGUCUUUCAAUUAGCUUAUCGAAGGAUGUAUCCAAAACUAUUGCUGGGAACAUUGGAAAAUGCUUGGAGGAAGCAUUCAACAAGAUUGGUAUUAGUGAUUGGAACUCCAUUUUUUGGGUGUCUCACCCUGGUGGACCUGCAAUUUUGGACAUGAUUGAAGUGACCCUUGGGUUGAAGAAGGAGAAACUGAAUGCAUCAAGGAAAGUGUUGAGUGAAUAUGGUAAUAUGUCAAGCCCUACUGUGAUGUUCAUUUUGGAUGAAAUGAGGAAUAAAUCUAUGAAGGAAGGGAAAGCCACAACUGGAGAAGGAUUUGAUUGGGGUGUUCUGUUAGGGUUUGGACCAGGUCUAACCGUGGAGACAAUUGUGUUGCGUAGCAUUGGUACAGUUUAAUCUAGGCUUGCAGAUCUUACUAAUUUGCACUGAAUUUUAGUUACACUCUACUCGUUAUGUGUGUUCAGUAUAGCCCUAUAUUAUGUGCCUUCAUUGCUUUUUGAGUACUUCUCAUGGGGAAGGCCUAUUUCUGUGUAAUAUGGUGAUAUGGUUUCCGGGAUUUCUUGUUCAGUAAGGGCCGAAGGUCAUCUUUCCUAAUAAGUGUUUCAUAUUGUACUUGUUUGAACUUCUUUUAAUAAAAUACUACCUUUUUUUUUUUU